AUGGAGCGAUCACCAAAAUACCGGCAGGAAAUCCAACAGAUGAUGUUCGUGUCGGGUGAGUCUGCGGAGGCAUCUGUAGAAACAACCACCUUGAUCGAAGAAAUAGUACGGCAGCAAGUCAUAGAAAUGCUUUCACGGAGCACCACGUUAGCUGCCCGGCGGGGUGUAAGAUCAAUAUCAACAGAUGAUUUAUUUUUUUUAAUACGGCACGACAAAGCCAAAGUUUCCCGUCUGAAGACUUUCCUCUCUUGGAAGGAUGUUCGGAAGAAUGUGAAAGACUCCGAUGAUAAAGGCGGUGCAGAUACUGCAGACUUUGGGGCUGGGGAUGACGCCCUUGUAGGUGCCGGCGUUGCAGGGCCUCAAGAGAUUGCAGCCAAACCAAAAAAUAAAAGAGCCAAAAUCGGCCUCCCCUGGGAUCUGAACAGCUUAUAUUCAAUCCAAGUGCCGGAAAGGGAAGAUGAAGAAGACGAGGAGGAAGAGGAACAGAAUUACGCUACACUUCAACGACUCGCUACCGCAGACGAACGUACCAAGAACAUGACUCGUGAAGAAUACGUCUUUUGGUCUGAUUGUCGGCAGGCAUCAUUUACGUUCCGAAAAGCCAAACGGUUCCGAGAGUGGGCAGGAUUUGGCAUUGUCACAGAUUUCAAGCCAAACGAUGAUAUCGUUGAUAUCCUCGGCUUUCUUACCUUUGAGAUCGUUCAGACAUUAACAGAGGAAGCCCUGAAGGUCAAGGAGCAGGAAGACCGUGGCAAGAAGGGGCUCGGGGCAUCUGAGGAUGGAUCCGGAGAGAAAAAGAAGCGGAAAAGGGAGACUGGGUUGUUUGAUCCUCCAGAGGAAGGACGGACGCCGAUCGAAGCAAGACAUGUCCAUGAGGCAUAUAGGAAACUUCAGGCUACACCUAGCAAAGCCGUUGCAAUGUUUCUACACGGUGGACGCGCUCCUGUUCGGACGCCUCUACGUCUGGUAGGUCCCCCUUUUGAUUUCCCUUCAUUAACAGAGUAUUGCUAA